AUGGAGGAAAAGACUAAACAGAAGCAACAAAUUCCAGAACAAGGUCAAACCACCGCUUCGCAUAUUUCGGUAUUUAGAUACUUUGGUAUUGCUAUUCUUUCGGUAUUUGCUUUAUUCAACUAUUUCCAAUUAAAUGAAUUCACCAUUCCAUAUUUAACAAAUCAACAGUUAAAUCAAUAUGUUUCCGCUCAAUCAAUUGAUUUGAAUGAAACUCAAGUUGAUGAUAUUAAAAGAUUAGGUUUAACUCCUAAAAAACCAGUUGAAGUUCAUACUCAUGAUGGUAGAAAAAUGACUAUUCAUGGUAGAUUCUUACAAAUUACUGAUUUACAUAUCGAUCAUCACUAUAAAGAAGGCACUGAUUUUGAUGAAGUUUGUCAUAGUGGUAAAGGAAAAUCAGGUAAAUAUGGUGAUGCUAUUUUAGGAUGUGAUUCACCAGUUAUUUUAGUUGACGAAACUUUUAAAUGGAUAAAAGAAAACCUUAAAGAUAAAGUUGAUUUUAUUGUAUAUACCGGAGAUUCUGCAAGACAUGAUAAUGAUAGAAAUUAUCCUAGAACUGCAGAAAAGAUUUUUGAAAUGAAUCAAGAAAUUAGUCAAAAAUUUGAAUCUUUAUUUGAAGGUGAUGAUGACAAUCCAAAUGAUCAAAAGAGUUUAGAACAAAAAUUUGUUCCAAAUCCAGGUAAUAAUGAUUUCUUUGGUAAAUUAGUCGAUGCCGGUAAUUCAGAAAGAACCAGAUUUUUAUUCCUUGCUUGGAGAUCUUUUAUUCCUUCUGAACAAAUGCAUACUUAUCUUCAAGGUGCUUAUCAUUUCCUGGAAGUUAUUCCAAAUCAAUUAGCUGUAUUGUCAUUAAAUUCCAUGUUUUGGUUUACUUCAAAUCCAAUGGUGGAUGAUUGUGAUACUAAAACUGAUGCUGGUUAUCUACUUUUUGAAUGGUUGGGAUAUGUUUUGAAAGAAAUGAGAGCUAGAAAUAUGAAAGUUUGGCUUAUUGGCCAUGUUCCACCUAAUGAAAAGAAUUAUGAUGUUUCAUGUCUUAGAAAAUACAUUGUUUGGUGUCAUGAAUACAGAGAUGUGAUCAUUGGUGGUCUUUAUGGACACAUGAAUUUAGACCAUUUUAUUCCAUAUGAUUCCGUUAAAGCUUAUAAAUCCAUUAGAAAAGAUUUCAAAGAUCAAGUUUCCGAUAACCAAUUAAGAGCAUUUGAAGCUGAUGAUGAAGACGAUGUUGCUAUCGAAGAUUCUCAAUUGUACAAAGCAUUAGAUGAAAAAUUCAGUGAUGGAUUCUUCAGAGUCACUGGAGGGGUUCCAAAGAAUAAAGUUGAUUAUAUGGAAACUUUAAGAGAAAAUUUGUAUGCUCCACUUAAAGGUUCGAAAAAAUCCGGGGAAUUCUUUGAAAGAUAUUCCGUGUCACAUGUUGGUGCUUCGGUUAUACCUACUUUCAAUCCAGGGUUAAGAGUUUGGGAAUAUAAUAUUACCAAUUUAGAAACCGAAUUAAUCCAAACCAAAUUUGCACCAUGGAAUCAAUUCUUUGCUGGUGUUGAACAAAUGCUUGAAAUGCAAGCUAAAUAUGAGGAUGAAAAUGAAGUCGAAAUCUCCAAAAAGAAAAAGAAGAAGAAGCAUAAGAAAAAGAAGCAAGAUCAUACUUUCCCUAAACCAAUGCCACUCGAUAGACCAUUAGGUCCAGCUUAUGUCGAACAAACAUAUACACCAGAAAGAUAUGUUCAAUAUUUUGCUGAUUUAGAACUGAUCAACAAGGGUAAGAAAGAUUUUCGAUAUGAAAUUGAAUACAGUACAGACGAUGAAUUAUAUGGCUUGAAAGCAUUAACAGUUAAAGAAUGGAUUACAUUUGGUAGAAAAUUAGGUAAACCUAUUAAAGAUGCCAACGCAAAACGUAAGAAGAAAGGUAAGAAAAAACAUACUAAACUAGACGCUAUUUGGUUUAAUUAUUUAAAGAACACCUUUGUAAGUACUGAUUACGAAAACAAAGGGUAUGGUUAA